AUGCCUAAGCAGAGUGGUCAUAUAUGUCAGUGCCAAACCUGUGGGAGAUGUUUUUCCCAGGUUAGUAUCGGUAUCCAAACAGAAGGGAACUUUGAUAUGCCAAGUUUUAUUGCUUUUGCCGAAAAAAUGAUCAAGCCGGGUGCACCAUUCAGCAAAACAGCAAAUGAAAGUCAAAUUUUGAUGGUUCGUCCUAAAAAUUUAAAGGGCGAUAACGAUGUUGAAGAGCCAUCAUCUUUUACCGAUAACACUUUAAACGAAAGCCCUUCAAUUACUAAGAAAUCGCCUUAUGAAAGAAAUUCGAACUUAAAAGAAGAUACAUUGAAUGCGACUUUUUCAGAAUCUUCUUUAAUGAAGGAUUUUGAACAAAUAAAAGCCCAAGGCUUUGGAUUUAACUCAACUUCUGCUUUUACAGAAAAAUUGAUGGAAAUCUGUGAGACGCCUAAAUUUUAUUCAGCUCAAAAUACGAAUUUUUUCAAUUUCCAAGGGAACCCUCAAUAUGAAAAAACUAUGAAAAAUCCUAGAAACUUAGGAAGAAUUCAGACAUUUUCAAAUAAGCCGAUUAAGCCUGCUAAUUGUAUUGAGGAAAAGAUUUUCCCACAAACGACGAAAAACCAUCCAAUUGUUUAUAAUUUUGCUGAACCCUUAAAGAAAACAGCAAAAAAUUCAAAAAUUUCAACAACUAAAGAUAGUAAAGAAGUUUCUGAAGAUAGUACAAAUCAAAUAUCACAGAAUUAUGAAAGCAUUAUGGAUAAGCCUACAUUUUUAGAUCCAAAUUUGAGGGAGUCUUUUAAGCAGCUUGUGCAGUUGGAGAAAAUUGGGAUAAAGCAGCAGUUUUCAGUAAAGAAUUUUAAAUUUCAAGAUAAAAGGAAACCUCAGGUAGUAGAAAAUGAAAGCCUAGAUCUGAGCAAUAGCUUAGAUAUGAAACAAUUACGAGAAUUUUUAGACAAUUAA